AACACACUAAAUUUGGAUUAUUUGGAAAUAAUUUAUUUUAUUUUGUCACUAUUAAUUUACCCAUUUCUUCAUUCAAUCAUCUUUGUUUUCAUCAAAAGUUAUAGAGAGAAGCAGAACGAGAUUUAGGAAGAAGAGAAAGAACAAUGUCUGAAUCAAUAAUUGACAAGGCAAAGAACUAUGUGGCAGAAAAAGUUGCAAACAUGAAGAAACCAGAGGCUGAAUUAACAGAUAUCGAUCUCACAAAGUUUAGUCGUGAUUCAGUCACUUUGAAUGCAAAAGUUUCCAUAACAAAUCCUUAUAGUCACUCCAUUCCCAUUUGUGAGAUUGCUUAUACCCUUAAAAGUGCUGACAGGGUAAUUGCGUCAGGAACUGUACCAGAUCCAGGAUCCAUCAAGGGGAACGAGGUUACAAAGCUCGAGGUACCAGUGAAGGUGCCAUAUAAUAUUCUGAUAAGUCUAGCAAGGGAUGUAGGUUCAGACUGGGAUAUUGAUUAUGAAUUGCAAAUCGGUCUCAUCAUUGAUAUCCCGGUGGUUGGUAAUAUUACAAUCCCACUUUCUCAGAAGGGAGAAAUCAAACUCCCAACUUUCUCGGAUUUCUUUAAAGGAGGUGGCUCGAAAGAGGAUGAAGAAGAAGUUGCUAAGAAAUCUAGAGUUACAAAGAAAGAUUAAUAAUUUGUUUUGUUUCCAUCCAGGAGAAAAACACCUGUUAAUUUUUUUUUUCAUUUUUUGUUUUAUUUUCUGUGUUUGGAUUUUAUGAUCUUCUUUUGUUAUAACGUUUAUUAUCUAAGGAGCCAUGGAUGAUACAUUUCCAAAGAUUGCUUCAAAAUCUUGAACCUUCUCACCUCACGAACCCUUUUCUAGUACUAUAUGCCUUGAUAUACUUCACAAAUCUAGUUUUUUCAUUUACAUAUUCUUCUGGGUAAACCUUAACCCGUAACUAAAGAUGUAUACUUUUAAGUGAUCUUCAUGUUCCUCCACCAUCUCAA